GAUACUUUCCUUCCAGUCUUCUCCCCCCGCCCCCACCUUAAUCCAAAAAAUAUGUAGUGAUUAGAAAGGCUCUUAGAUAGAAGAUGUGGAGAGGUCAGUGUUAAAACGCCCUUGAUACUCCUUCUCUUCUUCCUUUUCUUAGGACCACACCAAGGGGAGAGCCGACUCCCUCCGCGUUUUCAGGGAUACUCCCCAGGACUCAUCGCCGCCACGCUCGCUCGCCUCAAGCCGGUCUCUAGGGGGCGCUGCUGCAAGACCUGGAGCGGAAAGAAGGCGAUGCUGAAACGCGGUUAAAUUUGGGCACCGCCGCCGCCCGUAGUCGGCGUCCUCAACAUGGCGGCUCCCCAGGAUGUCCACGUCCGUAUCUGUAACCAAGAGAUUGUCAAAUUUGACCUGGAGGUGAAGGCGCUUAUCCAGGAUAUUCGGGAUUGUUCAGGACCAUUAAGUGCACUUACUGAACUGAAUACUAAAGUGAAAGAGAAGUUUCAGCAACUGCGGCACAGAAUACAGGAGCUUGAGCAGUCAGCUAAAGAGCAAGACAAAGAGUCAGAGAAGCAGGUUCUGCUCCAGGAAGUGGAGAAUCACAAGAAGCAGAUGCUCAGCAAUCAGACCUCAUGGAGGAAGGCUAAUCUCACUUGCAAAAUUGCUAUCGACAAUCUAGAGAAAGCAGAACUUCUCCAGGGAGGAGACCUCUUAAGGCAAAGGAAAACCACCAAAGAGAGCCUGGCCCAGACGUCCAGUUCCAUUACGGAGAGCCUCAUGGGGAUCAGCAGGAUGAUGUCCCAGCAGGUUCAGCAGAGCGAGGAAGCCAUGCAGACGCUAGGUAAAGCCAGACCUGGAGUUAGAAGCUUCUCCCAGAGACACCAGCUCCAGAGCCUUUGCCUUGGCACCUGCCACCAGGCUCUUCCACCUCUGCCCCCCACCCUAGUCCCGAAGCUUGCUGACAUGGGUGGCUUCUCACUUCUUCGACAGCGUGGUCUUGCCCAGAGUGGGAUGUGUUGCUCUUACUUCUCUUUUUGGUUUUCAUGGUUGUACUAGAAGAUCUGCACACCACUGAUAAAAUGUUUCCCCAGCAGAAGCACUUCCAGGGUCUCAUGUGAAAGGCAGAGAUCUCCAGGCCUUCUUCUGGAGAGAGUGGGUCCCAGCAGGGCCGGGGGAGGGGCCUGGGAGUCUGUAUUUUUUUAUCUGGCAUUCUGUGGACCCAUGUGGCCAGGCAGGCUUGGGAAUCACUGCCUAGGGAGAUGUUUAGUGUAUCGGCUGCCGACGAGGCUGCUAGGUCCUCGGCUUACAAUUAUACCCCCCAGUGUUAUUUUCACUGUGAACUGCUUUUAAAAGAUACAGUCAAAGGCCAUAGAAGAAGCUGCUGGAGCAUCUGGUUCUCUCCCAGCAGCUUUCCCAUAGUGCCUCUCUUGUAAUGCAGAAGAGAAUUGGCCCUCUUCAGGGUCUUCCAUACAGGAAAACAGAAGAGGAGAGUUUACACUUUGAAACACUUUUGGCAGAUUUCACAAAGAGACAGUAGAGAGCAUGGUGCAGAGGUCCAACGGACCCGUUCCCCCAGCUUCAGCAGCUGUCUGCUCAUGGCCAGUCUUGUUUCGGCUCCACCCUUCCGUGCCCUCAUCUGGAUUAUUUUGAAGCAAAUCACAGACAUCAUCUAUAAAUAUCUCAGUGUGUCUCUCUGAAAGAUAAGAGGCUCGUGAAACAAAAAACAAACAAAACCAGAGCACGAUACCGUUAUCACCCCUAAACAGUAUCUGUCAUUUGGAGCCACUUUUUUUUUUCAGUGCACUCUUCAAACAGGCAGAAAAGCACAAGGAAAGCAAGCAGCUUGUCCCCAAG